AGGCCAAAGUCCAGUGSUAUCUGUUCGUUCUCUCAUCAUCCUAAUCAUAUGACUGAACAUGACGCACUAUCAAUAUCAGUCCAAUUACAUUUGUAUAGCAUUAUUGAUCACGAUCAAAGGGCACUUUUAGCUUCAAUAUGGAGAAUAUUCAGAGAAGUGAAAAUCAUCUGAGCAGCGAAAUUCGGCACAAGAAAGAACAAAAAUACUUCAACUUGUACUUUUUCCGGUUGUCUUUGUUUCAAGCGAACCUAUGCUUUGCCUUCAUCGCAAUUGCAGGAAUAGUUGGUCAAACUGUCAGCCUUCCUCUUUGGCUGUCAGCCUCGCAGUCCAAACACAAAGGCCUAAUAAAUGCAAACACAACCUCACCAUCACCAAAUUACGCCGCUAAAAUGGAUGCCUAUUUUGUCUUGUCAUUUGCAAGUCUUUCCUUUGUUGUUAUAUUUGGAUUGAUGUACGCUAUUCUUGUGUACUUCUAUCCUCAUUUCUUUGGACCAGCAGAGCGUCGCUUCCCACAUAAACUUCUCUUUGCGAUUGGAUUGUGCGAUGCUUUGAACGGAGCACUUGUGGUGUUUGCAAGCCCGCCGAGCAGAACUGCACCGUAUUUGCAAGCUAUUCUGGGAAACUUUUCAAUUCCCCUUACUAUCCUUGCAAGGUAUGUAAGUGGGUAUGUAUUUUAGAUCUCAUUCAAUUUAGUUAUUUCAAGAAAUUGU